AUGAUGCAUCUCUUUUCAGUCGUAUUGCUGGUUGUUGCCGCAUCUCUAGCGUGCGCCGCAGAGGACACAACCUCGAUGAGGUUCCCGCGCGGUUAUCUAGAUGAGAAAGACAGUGCUCCUGUUCAAAGGUUCUUGAGGGUCUACGACAACGAGAAUGACGAGGAGAGAGCUCCUGUUGGUAACGUCUUAAAUUCUAUUAUGACCAGUACAUUGAAUGCCGUCGAGUCCGCUAAGCUGAAGGUGUUUUUGCUCAAGAAAAGUAGUGGAGUUGACGUUUUGAACAGCUUUAAACUCGGGGACGAUGCGUCAGCUGCUCUGAAAAACUCAAAGCUGGAGACUUUGAAUAAGUACGUCGUCUGUGGACCAAGUUUUCAACGUUCUAGAUUUUAA